AUGAUCGACCAGCUACACACAGAUCCAUCCAUGGAGGAAGAACCAGGCAAGCUUCACGUAGUCAUGCUGCCAUGGCUGGCCAUGGGCCAUCUCCUCCCUUUCUUCCAGCUCUCCAAACACCUUUCUGCUAAAGGCAUCCGGAUCUCCUUCUUCUCCACCCCCUCCAACAUCCACCGCCUCCUUUCAAUCCCCGAAACCCUAAACCCUUUACUGAACUUCAUUCCUUGUUCACCCCCUCCCAUCAAUGGCGCUCCCUCCUCCACCAUCGAUAACACCAUCGAUCUCCGCUCCGACGCGGCCAGACCGCUGCUUCAAGAAGCCUAUGCCGGCUUCGAGCACCACCUGACCUCCUUUCUCUCCGACCCUUCUCACCCCAAACCAGACUGGAUCAUCUACGACUUCGGCGCCUUAAAUUGGGCUCCUUCCCUAGCUUCCCGAUUUAACGUCAGCUCUGCUUAUUUUUGCCUCAUCAACGCCGCAGCAGUCACCUUUUUCAUCCGCGCCAACGACUUCGACUCACCGGAGACGCUCACAAAAGUGCCGGAUAGUAUCCCGUUUCCCACCACCGUCGCCUUCCGCCCAUUCGAAGCUCGCCAAAUGUGCUCUGUUCUUCCCAAGAAAACAGAUCAAACAGAAUCCAAACCACGGAGUAGUAGUCAAUUGACACUUAUCAGAACCUGCAAGGAGUUCGAGGAAAAAUGGGUAGAUCUGCUUGGCAACGACGGAUACCUCCCCGUCGGCUUCCUCCUCCCAUCUAUCGACAAGGCGGAAGAGAGUGAGGCAUGGAUGAGAAUAUGCGAAUGGCUUGAUGAGCAAAAGGAACACUCUGUGAUCUACGCUGCUUUUGGAUCUGAGGUAAUUCUUACGACAGAGCAAAUUGAUGAGAUUGCAUUAGGGUUUGAGAAGAGCGGAUUACCGUUCGUCUGGGUUCUGCGAAUGGGUUCGCCACCGCAGGGGUUUGAGGAGAGGAUUGCCGGGAGAGGUUUGGUGUGGAGGGGUUGGGUUCCCCAGGCCCGAUUGCUUGCCCAUCGGGCAGUCGGUGGGUUUCUGACACACGGUGGGUGGAGUUCUGUCGUGGAAGGGAUGGUGGUUGGGGCGGCGAUGGUGAUUUUGCCGAUGCAAUUUGAUCAGGGGCUGACGGCGAGGCAUUUGGCGGAGAGUGGCUAUGCAGUGGAAGUGGCGAGGAAUGAUGAAGAUGGCUCCUUCUCCGCAGAGGAGAUUGCGAGGAAGUUGAGGAUGGUGAUGGUGGAGGAGGAAGGAGAGGAGCUGAGGAAGAAUGCGAGGAAAGGGAAAGAGAUAUUUGGGAGUCAAAAGCUUCAGGAGGAGUACAUAACUGAGCUUGUGAAGAUUCUGUUGCAGAAACGUACGAUGGUAUCUGAAUCUGUUUGA